AUGAAGUUCAUGAAACUUGGAUCCAAACCUGAUUCGUUUCAGUCUGAAGGAGACAAUGUUAGGUAUGUAUCAACUGAUUUAGCAACAGAUGUUAUCGUCAUCAUCGGCGAUGUCAAGUUCUAUCUCCACAAGUUUCCGUUGCUGUCGAAAAGCGCACGCUUGCAGAAACUAAUCACACAAUCAUCAUCAUCAAAUGAAGAUCAUAAUCAGAUUCAGAGUCAAGAAGACGAGAUUGAGAUAGCAGAGAUUCCAGGUGGUCCAGCUUCAUUCGAGAUCUGUGCUAAAUUCUGUUACGGAAUGACAGUUACUCUGAACGCAUACAACGUAGUCGCUGCUCGUUGCGCAGCAGAGUUUCUUGAGAUGUACGAAACCGUCGAAAAGGGAAACCUAGUUUACAAGAUCGAAGUGUUCUUGAACUCGAGCAUACUCCAAAGCUGGAAAGACUCCAUCAUCGUGCUUCAAACCACGAGAGCUCUCUCUCCAUACGCCGAAGAGCUGAAGCUAACGGGCCGUUGUCUCGACUCCAUCGCCUCUAGAGCUUCCAUCGACGACACUUCGAAAGUCGAGUGGUCUUACACUUACAGCAAGAAGAAGAACCUCGACAACGGGUUGAGGAAACCGCAAGCUGUUCCUAGAGACUGGUGGGUCGAGGAUCUCUGCGAUCUUCAUAUUGAUUUGUAUAAGCGAGCCAUCGCUACGAUUGAAGCUAGAGGGAAAGUCUCAGCUGAUGUUAUCGGAGAGGCAUUGCAUGCUUACGCUAUAAGAAGGGUUCCUGGAUUCAGCAAGAGUAGCUCUGUGCAGAUCACUGACUUUGCGAAGUACAGAGCUUUGGUUGAUUCGAUCGUUGAGAUGAUUCCUGACGAGAGACAGAGCGUUUCCUCGAGUUUCUUGACUAAGUUGUUGCGAGCUUCGAUCUUUCUUGGUUGCGAUGAGGAAGAGAACAACGGGUUAAAGAACAGAGUUGGUGAGCGGUUAGAUGAGGCUAGCUUGAGUGAUGUUAUGCUGUAUGAUGUUGAGUUGAUGCAGAGCUUAGUUGAGGUUUUCUUGAAGUCCAGAAACCGGUCGGAAGAAGACGGUUUAACCGCGAAGGCGUCGGUUGCGAAGCUCGUCGAUGGUUAUUUAGCUGAGAAGUCGAGGGAUUCGGAUAACUUGCCUCUUCAGAAGUUCCUCUCGCUCGCGGAAAUGGUCUCUAGCUUUCCGAGGCAGUCUCAUGACGGCGUUUACCGCGCAAUCGACAUGUUUCUCAAGGAACAUCCGGAGAUCAACAAGAGUGAGAAGAAGAGACUGUGCAGGCUGAUGGAUUGUAGGAAGCUAUCGGUGGAAGCAUGCGCGCACGCGGUGCAGAACGAGAGGUUACCGAUGCGUGUGGUGGUGCAAGUGCUCUUCUUUGAGCAGGUAAGAGCCAACAGCAACAACGGUUCAUCGUCGACGGGGAACAGCACGCCUGAGAUCAUACCGGCGUCAAGAUCGACGAACACUGAAGAAGACACAGAGUGUUGGGACACGGAGGAUAUUCAAGCUUUGAGAGGUGAGUUAGCGAAUCUAAGACUCGCAAAGAAGCAGCAAGAGAACAGUUUAAAUAAAGGGAAGUUGAUGAAAGGAGGAGGAUUGGGAGUUUCUAGAGUGUUCUCGAAGCUUUGGUCAGGUAAAGAGAGAAGUGGAGAGAUGAUGAGUAGCUCGGGGACUUCGAGUCCUGGUUCUGUUAAUGAUGACUCUAAGUCUUCUUCUUCCACAAGCAAGAAGCAUUAG